AUGACCUCCACGACAUCGAAUAUAGCGUUCGGUAACGCGUACUCUAGCGUCCAAGCUAACAACAUCAACGGCUCUGUCCACAUUGAACAUGAGAACAUACUCGAUCGUCUUCCACGCGCCGAAGAUGCGCCGUUCAACUCGUAUGCCAGGCAGCACGAACAUGGAUGUCUUCCUGACACGCGCGUCGACCUGCUACAAGAGAUAUACAGUUGGGCGGACGGGCAAGACGAGCGAUGCAUCUUCUGGCUCAGCGGUCUAGCAGGCACAGGCAAAUCGACAGUUGCGCGAACAGUCGCGCAUAGUUACUAUACCCAGCAGCGUCUCGCUGCUAGCUUCUUCUUUACGCGAGGCGGCGGUGACGUUAGUCACGCUGGCAUGUUUGUUACGAGUAUUGCGGUGCAGUUGGCAGACAACAUUCCAGCGUCCCGCCGUCAUAUACGCGACGCUAUUGCAGAGCGUAGCGGUAUCGCCAGACAAUCCUUGCGGGACCAGUGGCAGCACCUUAUUCUUCGUCCGCUGUCUAAGCUGCACGAGGCUGGAUCAUAUAUUAUAGUCGUCGAUGCCCUUGACGAAUGCGACAACGACAGCGAUAUCCAAAUUAUCGUGCAGCUGCUGGCCGAGGUGCGGCCGUCAUUAGUAGGCGUCCAGCUGCGGGUGUUGCUAACUAGUAGGUCAGAAGUACCUAUCCGGCACGGGUUCGGGCAGAUGGUAGAUUCGAAGCACAAGGACGUCGUGCUGCACAACAUCUCACCGUCGGUCGUUGACCAUGAUAUAAGAAUUUUUCUUGAGUACUGGCUAAGGACUAUGGCAAAAGACUGUUACUACGCGGAUGACUGGCCAGGCGCAGAGACUAUUGGGAAAUUAGUGCAGAGUGCAGGCGGUCUAUUUAUCUGGGCUGCUACUGCCUAUCGCUUUAUCCAACAAGGCAGACCAUUUCCUGACGACCGACUGCGCGUUGUCCUUAACGACAGCGCCGUUACAGGCUGUUUAUUCAAGGAUAGCUCAUCCAGUGAGGAUUCCUACAUAGAUGAUCAGUUUGAGAUUCCUCCUGAGAAGCGAUUGGACAGUAUAUAUCUCACAGUCCUCAAGCGCCCCGUUCGCCGAUAUAGAAAGUACGAAAGGAAGAAGUGGUAUGCGUUGAUGAAAGAGAUUUUAGGAGCAAUUAUACUUCUAUACUCGCCGCUUUCUGCAACUUCACUAGCUCAGCUACUCCUUAUUUCUACAGAGGAAGUUUACCGAACGCUAGAUGAACUGCACUCUAUCCUAGACGUUCCACAACGUCCGACUUACCACGUUCGUCUGCAUCAUCCCUCUUUCCGCGAUUUUCUUCUCAACAAAGACCGAUGUAGGGAUGCCAAUCUCUGGGUAGACAAAAAGCAGGCGCAUAAAGCACUAGCAGAUAAAUGUAUCCAGCUUUUAUCGCGCUUGCUCAAACAAGACAUCUGUGGGGCAGGUUUUUCUAAUGAGCAUAUGGCCUGGAUGAAGCGGAAGCAACUGGAGCACUCUAUUCUUCCUGAGAUACAGUAUGCAUGCCUCUACUGGACUAAUCACCUUGCUGAGAGUGGUGUCCAACUUCGUGACAACGACAAAGUGCACGAGUUUCUUAAACAACACUUCCUCCAUUGGCUUGAGGCGCUGAGCUGGAUGGGUAAGGUCUCUGAAGGCAUUUACGCUAUUAGCUCCCUUGAGUCAAUUGCUCUAGCAACCGACUGUCCUGCUCUUUAUGGAUUCAUCCAUGAUAUGAAGCGGUUUGCGCUGUACAACCGGUCACCGAUCGAACUAGCUCCAUUGCAGGUGUAUAGUAGCGCUCUCCUAUUUGCACCGCUGAAUAGUAUAGUGAAGAAGCAAUUUGCGGAUCAGCUGACACAAUGGAUAAAAAGUCCACCUCAGGUAGAAAAUGACUGGAGUGCAUGUCUGCAGACUCUUGAGGGUCAUAGUGGCAGCGUUAUUUUAGUCGUCUUCUCGCACGAUUCGACACGGCUCGCGUCAGUGUUUGAUGAUCUGAAAGCUACGAUCUGGGACGUUAGAAGCGGCGAGUGUCUGCAGACAUUCGAGAUCUACAACUACUCGGUGGCUUUCUCGCACGACUUGACGCGGCUGGCAUUUGAGUCACAUGAGAAUACCCUUAAGAUCUGGGACAUCGGUAGCAGUACGGAUUUGAAUACACUUGAGGGCCACGGCAACUUUUACUUGAUUGCCUUUUCGCACGGCUCUAUGCAGCUAGCGUCAGCGUCAUACGACGGAACUAUCAAGAUCUGGGACGCUAACAGCUGUGUGUGCCUGUAUACGUCCAAAAGCCAUCACGCCGAACUUCUACCGGCAGCCUUCUCGCACAACUUGAUGCAGCUAGCAUUGAAGUCUGACUAUGAGACUAUCAAGAUCGUGGAUACUAGUAGCGGUACAUGUCUGCAGACUUUUGAAUGCGAUUGUGACUGUGUUUUCGGAAUAGUAUUCUCGCAAAACUUCGCAUGGUUGGCAUUAGGGGCCUCCAGUUACACCGUCCAGAUUUGGGAUAUUAUUAGCGGUGCAUGUCUACAUACGCUUGAGGGCCAUGACGAGGAGGUUAAGUCAGUAGCCUUCUCGCAUGACUCAACGCGGCUAGCGUCAGCGUCAGACGAUGGGACUAUCAAGAUCUGGGAUACUAGCAGUGGUCUAUGCCUACAGACAUAUGAAGGCCAUAGCAGCCUAAUUUACUCAGUGGCUUUCUCACACGACUCAACGCAGCUGGCGUCGGCGUCACAGGACGAGACUAUCAAAAUCUGGGACACUAACAGUGGUGUGUGCCUCCAGACACAUGAGGAAAAUGAGAACCCUGAAGACAACGUCAGCUCUGUGAUGUUGUCGCAUGACUUGAUGCAGCGGAUUCUGGAAACUAUGGUCUGUAGUUGCCUGGAAGUAGACAAGCCCAGUUUUAACAAGAGUCCUUACCCUAACGGCUCAUUGGCGUUUCCUCAUGGCUUGACAUGGUACGCUAGUGGAUCAAGUGACGGGACUAUCAAGAUCGCGGAUCAAGAAAGCGAUAUGCGCUUAAAAACACUUGAGGGCCAUCGCGAUUCUGUUGAAUUACUGGCUCUUUCACACGACUCGACACUGCUGGCAUCAGCGUCACGGUACCAGACUAUCAAGAUCUGGGACACUAUUAGCGGCAGGUGCCUGCAGACGCUUGAGGCCCAUGUCUACGACUCUCCUAGAUCAAUGGCGUUCUCGCGCGACCGAAUACUGCUAGCAUCAGGGUUAGCGAAUGGAGAAAUCCAUAUUUGGGAAAUUAAUAGCGGUGCGCUUCGAAAGAUGCUUUACGGCAACGAUUAUUCUGUCGAGAAGGUGGCCUUCUCUGAUGACUCAAUGCGGUUGGCGUCAUUUGCAGUCGACUGGACCAUCAACAUCUGGAACCCCAACAGCGGCAUGCACCUACAGGCAAUCAAGACUUGUGAUUUUCUCAGUGUUACCGAGGUUUUUGCUUUGCCACGAUCUAAAGAAACAGUAACACAUCAACAAAUCACUAAUUACAGCAUGAGUGUUUCUAGAGAUUGCACUUGGAUAUUACUGAAUGGUCUGAAAUGGUUGUGGCUUCCAGUAGAAUACCGACCGGGUCACUUCAUUAUUUCGGAUGGAUGUAUCACCGUAACCACAAUUUCAGGAAGAACAUGGGGAUGUGACUUCAUCGAGUCUUUCUAA